AUGCCUCCGCGGCUCGCCCCUCCGAUGUGCUCUGCGCAGCUGCUACGCCGGAGCUUGGCCGAGGGACCGGCCUGUUCCCUGCGCCUGUCACGUGCAUCAUCGCCAGCAUCGAUCGCAUCGACCGCAUCGACUGCUCCUCUGCACACGACCGCACGCAUGGCAGCGGCCGUGACGGUCGGCCCCGGCGGCCGUCUCGUGCUGCCAGCUGACUACGUUCCGCCGACACAGCCGCCGAGCGCGAAGCGGCCGGACAUUCGCAAGUCGCAGCUGCUGCGGUCCUACACGUCGCUGCUGCGCUCCACUCCGCUGAUGCUCGUGUUCCAGCACGGCAACCUGACCGGGCCCGAAUGGACCGCCGUGCGCCGCGAGCUCGCCCUCGCUCUCGACCGUGCUGCCGAGCAGCAGGCUCUGGACGGCAUCGCUUGGCCUGUCGACCUGGCCGCCAGCAUUCGCCUCCAGGUCAUCCGCACCCGCAUCUUUGACGUGGCCCUGCGCCUGACCGAGUUUUAUGAGCCGGAACCCCAGACGUCCCAGACGUCUCAGAAUCCUCAUACCUACACACACGACCUCUCGGCUGCCGCCUACGCUGCCGUUCAGCAGGCCAGAUCCGACGGCGUCACCGCGGCCGACCGCUCCGUCUACGGCCAGCUCGCACCGCUCAUGACUGGUCCUCUUGCCGUGCUGACCUUCCCGGCCGUCUCGCCCGCUCAUCUGGCUGCUGCCCUCUCCGUUCUCGCCCCCGUCUCGCCUGCCUUUCCCGCCCCCGGCCGGAAGAAGAACCCGGGCUACUACGAACCGGUCGUGCAGGCCGCUCUGCCCAAGCUCCUCCUCCUCGGCGGCCGCGUCGAGGGCAGGGCUUUUGACGCUGACGGUGUCCGCUGGGUCGGCGCCAUCAAUGGCGGCCGCACCGGCCUCCAGGCACAGCUCGUCGCCCUGCUCCAGGCCGCCGGCCUCGGCCUCACCACCGCCCUCGAGGGUGCCGGCAAGAACCUCUGGCUCACCAUGGAGAGCCGCAGGACUAUGCUCGAGGAGGACGGCCGGCCGACCAGACCAGGCCGACCAGCCCACCCGCCGUCCGACCCAGCCGUGUUCUGUGCGAGAUGGUCUGCUGACGAUUCGACGAAUCUCCUCUACAUAUACACCCUCCUCCACACAAUGGACUUUGCGCCGUACCAGUCGUCGUCGCCCGAGAACGAGCGGACGUUCUCGCCGCCGGCACCGUCGCCGCGCACGUCGCUCGAGCGGCCGCGCUUCUCGCCACGCCAGCAGAACAACGCGUCACCGGCGGCCAAGACGACCAGCACGGCCAGCCCGCCGCCGCUGCAACACCCGCAGCCGCAGCGUCAGUGGGCUGGCGGCAUGCCUAGCCCGACAUAUUACUCGUAUCAGCAGGGCGCUAGCGGCGGCAUCAGCGACGGCGACGACGGCCGCCGCCGCGGCUCGCUCGAUCCUUACGACGGACGCGACAACGUCAUCAGCGAGUUCGACACCAGCCUCGGCCUUCGCCUCGACUACGAGGCCUGUCUGGCCUACCUCGCCCUGCCACCCGUCGGCUCUAUCCUGCUGCUCAUCCUCGAGCGCAAGAGUGACUACGUCCGAUUCCACGCCUGGCAGGCAAGCCUCGUCUUUACCGCCUUCUUCGUCCUCCACCUCCUCUUCUCCUGGUCCACCGUGCUUAGCUGGCUCAUCUUCCUCGCCGACCUCGGCCUCAUGGCCUGGCUGACCUACAACGCCUACCGCGACGCUGACACCCUCGACAGAUUUGAAGUGCCCUUCUUCGGACGCAUCGCAAACAAGAUCGUCGACGACGAGUAG